AACCCGUCCACGUCGCUGCCCACCUGACGGACGGUUCGGAUGGCUCUGAGUCGCGAAUCACGUUACGUUCUUCCAUUGGCGGCCAGACAGCAAACACGUCUUGCAUUUCCAGUCAGGCAGCCAUUCCCCUUCUUCGCUUCCUCCCCAAACCAUCAUGCGCAGGUUAACCAACACCCUCUCUUCUCCAGUGCUUCCUAAAUGCACACCCCGCGCACUUUAACAAACACCACUACGACCACCCGCCGUGAAGAUUCUCUCCCUCAUGUCAGCAUUUCAAGACCUCCGCAGGCUUUUCAAUGGCGUCUCUCUCGUCGCUAAGGAGCUCUUAAAUAGCUCACAAUCAAUCAACAGCUCAAGGAACGGAGAUUUCCAAACCCUAAUCUCAGCCUCCUUGAAGAAAUCCCUCGUCUCUGCCACCGAUCUCGCCGGCCUCACCAAAGGAAAGGUCCGCGAAUUCUCAAACCCUAGAUCGAAAGAAUCGGUCGUCUACUUCUCUGAAGAAUCCCCUGGGAUCGCCGCUGCUCCGAAAUCGGAUCCCGACGAGAAGCCGAAUUCAGAGGCCUUGAAUGAGAAGGUUGAAGGAAAGGCUUUCGAUUCGGAGAGUUUGAGGGCGACGCAUUCUGGAAAUGAGAGGAAUCUGGAGGAAUUGAGAGAAAGCGGUGGAGCAAAAGAUCGGGAGUUGGAGAUUGCGGAGGAGAAGAAAGAUGACGUGAAAAUUGUAACUAGGAACAGUGCAAGGGAGCUGGAGAUUCUGCAAGAGAAGAGAGAUGAUGUCGCAGUUAUACCGGCAAAGCGAAGGAAGCCACGGGAGAGGAGAGUUCCAUCAACGCCCUUUAGCCGAGCACUUGGGUUUGCUGGUCUGGGAGCUGGGCUUGCGUGGGGCACAAUCCAAGAAUCUGCAAAGAGGAUUGUCUUUGGAGCGCCUGAUUCACAAGAUAAGCAAUCUGCUCUUUCGCCUUUGUUAUCUGAGCAAAAUGCAGAACGAUUGGCCCUUGCAUUGUGUAGAAUGCGUGGUGCGGCACUCAAAUUGGGCCAGAUGUUGAGUAUCCAGGACGAAUCCCUUAUACCAGCUCCGAUUCUGUCUGCUUUGGACAUCGUUCGUCAAGGUGCAGAUGUUAUGCCCAGAAGUCAGCUCAAUCAAGUUUUAGACACUGAAUUAGGUCCCGAGUGGUCAUCAAAACUGAAGAGUUUCGACUAUGAACCACUGGCAGCUGCAAGUAUUGGCCAGGUUCAUCGAGCUGUCACAAAAGAUGGUUUGGAGGUUGCAAUGAAGAUACAAUAUCCUGGUGUUGCAGAUAGCAUUGAAAGUGACAUUGAGAAUGUGAGGCGGCUUUUAGAUUAUUCAAAUGUUAUUCCAAAAGGGCUUUAUCUCGAUAGAGCUAUGAAGGUGGCGAAAGAGGAACUAUCUCGGGAAUGUGACUAUGAGUUGGAGGCGACAAAUCAAAAAAGGUUCCGUGAACUAUUGUCCAACUCUGAAGGAUUCUAUGUUCCUAUUGUCAUUGAUGAUAUUUCAAGCAGAAAAGUCUUGACAACAGAGCUCAUCUCUGGAGUUCCAAUUGAUAAGGUGGCAGUUCUAAACCAGGAGAUUCGGGAUCAUGUUGGGAGAGCAUUGCUUGAGCUGACUCUAAAGGAGUUAUUUGUCUUUCGUUUCAUGCAGGCAGAUCCUAAUUGGAGCAAUUUCCUGUUUGACGAGGGCAGAAAAGUGAUCAAUCUCAUUGACUUUGGGGCAGCACGAGAAUACCCACAGAGCUUUGUGGAUGACUACCUAAGAAUGGUGCUUGCAUGUGCGAACUGCAAUAGAGAUGUGGUGAUUGAAAUGUCCCGAAGGCUUGGCUUCCUCACAGGUAUGGAGUCGGAAGUAAUGCUAGAGGCGCAUGUUCAGGCUGCUUUCAUUGUCGGGUUGCCAUUUUCGAAACCAGGUGGGUAUGAUUUCCGCUCAAGCAACAUUACCCGCAGCAUUUCGAACCUUGGGGCGACGAUGCUGAAGCACAGGCUGACCCCACCUCCCGACGAAGCAUACAGCCUCCACCGGAAGCUCUCAGGUGCAUUCUUGGCUUGUAUCAAACUCGGUGCUGUUGUACCAUGUAGAGAACUGUUGCUGCAGGUUUAUGAGCAGUAUCAGUUCAGCGAUGAUGGCAUUGAGGUUUUGUCUGGCUCAAUGUCAUGAUAUUGGAUCAAUUUAUUUAUGUAUCUAAUAAAUGCAGGUUUCUAUGUGUAUCCCAGUUGUAUUUUUAAGUCCAAAAAUCAUAGUAGUUAGGCUAAAAAAUGAAUGAUGUUUGCUACUAUAGAGAAAAUAAGCCAAAAUGAGUUUAAACAGGCCAUGUUCUUCUGUUGCUAUUUUGCUUAUCCCCUUUGGAUGCUGGAUGAGUUCACUUGCCACUUUCCUUCA